AUGUCCUCAAAAGUGGCUUUCAGAGCUACCAAUGCGUGUGAAUUUUGUAGAAUAAAAAAGAUACGAUGUGAUGAAAAGAGACCCUGCACCAACUGCUUAAAGAAAUCAAUUUCGUGUAACUAUCAAAGAAUAGCAAUUCCAAGCAAGGUAGAAAAUAAUAUACAUAUUUUAAUGGAACGAUUGAAUUCGAUUGAAAGCAAGCUUGAAGAAGUGUUGAUAACGUGUAAUACUAACAUAAUAACGAAAAACGAGUCGGUGAAUUCUAAUAUUGAGCCUAAGGAGGAAAACAACUUACCAAAUAUAGAAGAAGGUUUUGAUUUUUUGAGUGAUAUUGACAAGAUAUUCAUUGACGAAUUCGAUAUGUUAGAUGCCAAAGACCCAUAUAUAAUACCCUUGUAUGAAAAUAAUAAGAAGGAUGUUGGUUCUACCUUGAAGAACAAGGCUAAAGAUGAUAAAAUAUCGUUUUCAAAGGAAAACAUGUAUUCCUUUAGAAGUCGAAUUAACGUGGAAAGUUUGGCAACCAUUGAUUUAAGUGAUACCACAAUAAAGUCUUUGAUUAAUUCUUAUAUGAAUGUCAUCUCUUCUGCUUAUCCAAUCACAAAUGAGGAUGAAGUUGAGAGACUUCGUAUGCAUGUAUUUGCAAAUGGCCUCGGAAUGAAUACCAAUAGUUGUAUUUUUCUACUAAUCAUGGCUUUAGGUUGCAUAUCAAAUGCCUCUGAUGAUAAUGAAUACUGGAUUAAGAGUGACUAUAAAAAUCCGAAAAUUGAAAAAGUUGCGCCUCCACCUGGAUAUGAUUACUUUUGGUUAGCACUAAGUAUGACUGGUCAGAUAUUAUCUAUUGAGAAAAUUGGUUUCAACACUGCUUUGAUUCGGUUACUUAUUUCCUUAUAUUAUCUUCACAUUGGACAGCUUUCUGAUCAUUGGACUGAGCUCAAAAGUGGGAUAAAUGAAAUUUUCAAUAUUGUUAGUAACCCUCAAAAUACAGAAUUCAAUUCAAAUUUGAUGAUACAAAUCUACUGGGUUUAUGUACACCUUGAAAGAAAUAUAUCAAAUAUAGGAAAUCUAGAGCGAUCUUCCUUAUCAACAUUACAAGAAAGCGUUCCAUUACCAAAAGAUACCUACAUCCAUACUGCCUUUGGAACUGGACGUAUGAAUUGUAGCUUCUUCAUGCAGAACAUAUUACUCUCAAACAUUACCGAUAAAGCUUUUAAAUUAUUGAGCAAUAUUGAAAACUAUUCGGUUAAUGAAGUUUUUAAAAUUUUUAAGAAAUUUGAGGAAAAUCUUGAUAAAUGGAAGCAAUCCUUACCGUUUGAAAUGAACUGGGAAUCUGAAUUUAUAAUCAAAUCGAAACGUCCUCCUAAUGGUUUGCAAUUCAGAUAUUACGUUUGUUAUAUUUUGCUUUGCAAGCUUAUAUCAAAAAAGCUAUUAGUGGAAUCUGAGGUUCCUUCACAGACCAUAGUUUCCACUAUUUAUAAAUGCAUUUCAUUUAUCAUAAAGGCAGUUUGUCUGUUCUCUCAGAUGAGCGUUGGGGUUUUGAACCCAAAUAUCACCUUUAAAAUAGCUGCUACAUUAAACAUGUUCGUCGAAUGUAAGUCACUUAUUAAUUAUGAAGAGUUCAAGAAAGAGAAUUCAAUUUUGAUAUCAACGUUUGAGCUUAGCGUUACUAAAAGUAUGUGGCGAAUACGAGCAUUUGCUCUACAUUCACCAUUCAUCGACGCAGAGUAUCAAAGAUGCAAAAGAAAUUUUGCUGAGAUAAUCGCUCGUUAUGAAGGUUGA